AUGUCCGACGGAUUCGCUACCAAGGAGGAGGUCAACGCGAUCUUCUCCAGAUUGAGACAGAGCCACGCCAACCAGGUGUGCUUCGACUGCGCCAACAAGAACCCAACAUGGACCUCGAUCCCCUUUGGCAUCCUCCUCUGUAUGGAGUGUUCAGCCGUCCACAGAAACUUGGGUGUGCACAUCUCGUUCGUCAAGUCGCUGAACUUGGACCAGUGGCAGCGCAUCCAGUUGCGUCACUUCAAGUUUGGAGGCAACCAGGUGGCCAAGGAGUUCUUCCAGAAGAACGGUGGCUCGCAGUUUGUCAACGGUAAGGCUGACCCCACCGCCAAAUACACAAGCCCCGUGGCCAAGAAGUACAAGGAAAACUUGAAGAAGACAGCUCAGCAGGACGCUUUGAAGCAUCCCGACGUAGUGACUCUCGAGGAUACACUGGACUCGCUCAGUUUGAUGGAUGGUUCUUCAUCCAGUGCCUCCACAGAUGACUUCUUCUCCAACUGGUCCAAGCCAAUCAACAAUUCACCCUCGCCACUGGUGCUGAGACUGAGCACUCCUCUCGGAGGCGAGGAUUCGUUUUCUGCCUCUCAGCCUGCUCCAGUCCGUACCGCUGCAGUCAGAGCAGUCAAGACCUCUGGAACCGGACCCAAGAAAUCCAUCUUGAGCUCUAAGGGCAACGGGCCCAAGACUACACGUGCUAGAAGAAUUAACAAGAACGAGGAAGAAAUUGAUUUUGAUGAGAUCGAAAGACAAGCUAAGAAGGAUGCCGAGGAGGCCAAGAAGUUGGGUUACAACCCUCAGUUGGAGGCCCAAAAGGCCGCAGCUGCACCUGUUCAAACAAAGCCAUCUUCUGUUUCGCUGGCUAGCUCAGCUUCACGAGGCUACUCUGCAGCAGUGCCAAUCGCCCCCAAGAAGGUCGAAGAAACUACUGUUCAAUUCCAAAGACUCGGCUUCGGAAUGACACAGGGCUCUAACGACACCGCAUCAGACAAGCCUGCAAAGAAGGUUUAUAGAGAGGAGACUUCCAACGAGAUCUCGAAGAAGUAUGGUAACCAAAAAGGUAUCUCUUCCGAUGAGGUGUUUGGCCUCGGGCAGUACGAUCAAAACGCACAAAAAGAGGCCAACAGAAGACUUCAGGACUUCAGCGGUGCUCAAUCUAUUUCGUCCAGUGCAUAUUUCGGCGAGGAUGAAGAGGCGCAGAGAAGCGGACGCAACGACAGUGGAAUGACAGACUUGGAGAGCGCUGCUCGUGACUUUGCCUCGAAGUUCACCGGCAAUGCCAACCAGGACCUUGAGGUGUUCAAGGAUGCUUUGGAGAACGGUGCCACUAAGCUAGGAGGAUUAUUGAGAGACUUUUUGAAGUAG